AUGGGUGAUACGACUUCUGAUCGGAGGCCCUUAGAGGCCAGUGAUUCCGACAACUUGUUGCCGGUAACAUCCAACGUACCGGCACUAGCACCAGAACCAACACCUAACAGCCCUGCUCCGGAAGCCCGAGCAGUACUGUAUCGGCUGUAUACUUCUCAUAUGCUAUCAGCAUGGAACUCACGCAUGUUUGAAUUCGGGGCUGUGUUGUUCCUGGCAUCCAUCUUCCCAGGCACUCUCCUCUAUGCCUCCAUAUAUGCACUUGUCCGCGCACUCUCGCCUAUACUCUUAUCGUCAUGGCUGGGUAGUCGAGUCGACAAAUCAGACCGACUAGUGGCUCUCAGACAUUCAAUUGUGUGGCAACGAGUACCUGUUGCGGCGUCAUGUUUGUGCUUUGGAGCCUUUUCGGUCACCAAGAAUGAGUCAGCUAUGUCGGUAUUGUUCGUUGCAGUGAUUUUCCUUGCUUGCAUUGAAAAGCUGGCAGCAACUGCGAAUACCGUAGCGGUUGAGCGUGAUUGGGCGAUUGUGAUUUCAGAUAGCAUCAAGAUGCCUCGGCAAGACUUAAAUGCCUCAAUGAGACGAAUCGAUCUCUUCUGCAAGCUGAUUGCACCAGUUUUCAUAUCUCUGGUUGAUAGUUUCUCUACCAAAGUUGCCAUCUGGACAGUACUGGGCCUCAAUGUUGCAUCUGUGCUAAUUGAGUAUAUCGCAAUCGCCCAGGUAUACCAAGCGGUUCCGGCCUUGAAAAAAGCAACACCCGCUCGACGAAAUGAGGAAACCGAUGAAACAUUGCAAGCUCCCAGCGAAUCUCCCGAGAGAGUCUUGAAUUAUCUGCGUGGAAGUAUGACACCGUGGAAAGAAUACGUUUCAAGCCGAGUCUUUUUGCCAUCCUUUGCACUGAGCUUACUUUAUAUGACUGUGCUCUCAUUUGGCGCGACUAUGAUGACCUAUCUGCUACACAGUGGAUUUGAUUCCCUGCAAGUCAGUUGUAUGCGCAUUGGAUCUGUGGCAGCUGAGGUUUCAGGUACAUGGAUUGCGCCUCUGAUUAUGAAUCGUAUUGGACCCAUCCGAUCGGGCCUUUGGUUUUUGAACUGGCAAUUCUGCUGUGUUGCUGGCGCAGCCCUCACAUUUGCCCUGUGGGAUUCGAACUCUCAAAUAGUUGCAGGCAGCUUGAUUGUCGGUGUUGCUUUAAGUCGGAUUGGACUUUGGGGCUUCGAUUUAUCUGCCCAGUUUCUGGUGCAAGAAAAUGUGGAAGAGCACGCCCGUGCAAGAUUCUCCUCGACAGAGAUGGCACUACAGAAUAUCUUCGAAAUGCUUUCGUUCGCAUCUACCAUUGUAUGGUCAUCACCCGAACAGUUCAAGUAUCCUGUGAUGAUCAGCGCUGGAGCCGUGGCCGUGGCCGCUGCUUGCUUCGCUGCAUAUGUGCGCAAGGAGCGAGGACAUUUACUGCACCGAUCGCGAUGCCUAGGAGGUGAUAAGCCACAUGCAGUAGGAUAUGCGCGUAUUGGAUCCGUAGCCUAA